UUAAAUGAAUAGGAUGAUGGUUUGUUGGGGAUGGGAGGAAUUUCCAGCUAACUAGCAAUAAUAGCAUUGCCCAACAAUAGCCAAAUAGCAGCAGAGCCAUGAGCCAACAAGGCUUCCAUCAUGCAUCAUCCAUAUGCAAUGCCUGCAUCCAUCCAGACGAUCAUGGAGACCUAUCUCUUUACUUUGUGGUUUAAUUAUCUUAUUCAUUAACAUUUUUAUUUCCUUUUCUAGCCACCUACCUAGUUUCUUCGGUCUCUCUUGGCUGAUCGAUUUAUGAAUUCUUUAAUUUCAUUUUGAUUCUCAUCAUUUUGCUCCUAUCUUCUCCACCUUAAUUAAUUAAUUAAAUCCAUCCACUCUUUUGAUUGAUUAAUUCACCUUUGGCGCGAAGUGAUCGAAGUGGUCAUCUGAAUCUGAAUAAAUAUAUACACAAUAUACUAUUGACCGAUCUGUACGUCUGGAUCCAAGACCUUGGCAAACAUGGCCCGCUCUACCUCGCGGGGUUCCAACUCCUCUCCCAAUGGCCUCCUCACAGUUACCAUCGCUGGCGGCCGCCAUGACCACGUGGACCCCGCUUCGAACAACGAAGAAGACGACGAUGAACUAGUGGAUCCCGAUGAUCCUUUUGACGUUAUCCACACCAAGAACGUCCCGCUCCAGACGCUCAAGCGUUGGAGACAAGCAGCAUUGGUUCUGAAUGCCUCCAGGCGUUUUAGAUAUACUUUGGACUUGAAAAAGGAAGAGGAGAAAGAGCAAAAGAAAAGCAUGAUUAGAGCCCAUGCACAAGUCAUAAGAGCAGCUUUGCUUUUCAGAUUGGCUGGGGAACGGGAACUAGUGACAAAUACAGCAGCGCCAUCCCUGGCAGCCCCAACUCCUGAUGGUGACUAUGCAGUUGGACUCGAACAACUAGUUUCGAUGUUUAAGGAUCAGAACGUUCUUGCUUUGCAACACUAUGGAGGGGUUAGGGGCUUAGCGGAUAUACUAAAAUCAAAUCCGGAGAAAGGCAUUAGUGGAAGUGAUAUUGAUCUAUCAAAAAGGAAAAUAGCAUUUGGAACUAAUACAUAUCCUCGGAAAAAGGGCAGAAGUUUCUGGAGGUUUCUUUGGGAAUCUUGGCAAGAUCUGACGCUUAUAAUAUUGAUUAUAGCAGCUGUGGUAUCAUUGGCACUUGGAAUAAAAACAGAGGGUUUGGAACAUGGAUGGUAUGACGGUGGGAGCAUUACUUUCGCAGUUUUUCUUGUCAUUAUAGUUACAGCCGUCAGUGAUUAUCGGCAAUCUCUCCAGUUUAAGAACUUGAACGCAGAAAAACAAAAUAUACAAUUGGAGGUCACUAGAGGCGGUAGAACAAUAAAAUUAUCCAUAUUUGAUAUUGUUGUUGGUGAUGUAGUACCUCUUAAAAUAGGUGAUCAGGUUCCUGCUGAUGGAGUUUUAAUCACUGGUCACUCACUUGCCAUUGAUGAAUCGAGUAUGACUGGUGAAAGCAAAAUUGUUCAGAAGGAUCACAAGGCACCAUUUUUGAUGUCCGGUUGCAAAGUAGCAGAUGGAGUUGGUACUAUGCUGGUAACAGGUGUUGGCAUUAACACUGAAUGGGGACUGUUGAUGGCAAGUAUCUCAGAGGAUAAUGGGGAAGAGACUCCGUUACAGGUACGUUUGAAUGGAGUAGCAACGUUUGUUGGCAUAGUUGGGCUUACUGUCGCCGUUUCUGUUCUUGCAGUCCUCUUGGGAAGAUACUUCUCUGGCAAUACAAAAGAUGUAGACGGACAAGUGCAAUUUGUAGCGGGAAAGACUAGUAUUAGUGAUGCAGUUGACGGGGUCAUCAAAAUCUUUACCAUUGCAGUUACAAUUGUUGUUGUUGCAGUGCCUGAAGGUCUACCUUUGGCAGUUACCUUAACCCUGGCCUUCUCUAUGCGGAAAAUGAUGGCAGACAAAGCAUUGGUUCGAAGGCUAUCAGCAUGUGAAACUAUGGGCUCCGCCACAACAAUUUGUAGUGAUAAGACCGGAACUUUGACCUUGAAUCAGAUGACUGUAGUUGAGGCAUAUGCUGGGAGGAAGAAACAAGAUCCACCCGAUGACUCGUCGAAGUUGCAUCCAGAAGUUCUAUCCCUCAUAAAUGAAGGCAUUGCACAGAAUACUACGGGCAAUGUUUUUGUGCCUAAGGAUGGUGGAGAGGCAGAGAUUUCAGGAUCUCCAACCGAGAAGGCAAUUCUUUCUUGGGCCGUGAAGUUGGGGAUGAAUUUUGAUCUUACCAGAUCAAAUUCGACAGUUCUCCACGUCUUCCCCUUCAAUUCUGAGAAAAAGCGAGGUGGUGUUGCUCUAAAGAUGGGGGUUUCUGGAGUACAUAUACAUUGGAAAGGAGCUGCAGAAAUAGUUCUAGGAGCCUGCACUCAAUAUCUUGAUUCAAAUGGUCAGUUGCAAUCUAUUGAAAAAGACAAGGUAUUCUUCACGGAGGCCAUUGAAGACAUGGCUGUCCAGAGCUUGCGCUGUGUGGCCAUUGCGUACAGACCAUACGAAUUGGACAAAGUUCCCUCUAAGCAAGAGGAUUUAGACAAGUGGUCCUUGCCAGAACAGGAGCUUAUUUUGCUUGCUAUUGUUGGGAUAAAGGAUCCUUGUCGGCCCGGAGUGAAAGAAGCUGUAAGACUAUGCUCUCAAGCAGGUGUUAAGGUACGGAUGGUUACGGGGGACAAUCUGAAUACAGCAAAGGCAAUAGCUUUGGAGUGUGGAAUACUGAGUUCAAAGGAAGAGGCGGUGGAGCCAAAUAUAAUUGAAGGGAAGACAUUCCGUGAACUAUCUGAAAUAGAAAGGGAACAAGUUGCUAAGAAAAUAACGGUGAUGGGGAGGUCUUCUCCUAAUGACAAGCUUUUGCUCGUGCAAGCGCUGCGUAAAUUGGGUGAAGUUGUUGCAGUCACAGGGGAUGGCACCAAUGAUGCUCCUGCACUUCAUGAGGCAGAUAUUGGUCUUUCUAUGGGCAUCCAAGGAACUGAAGUUGCAAAAGAAAGCUCCGAUAUUAUAAUUCUUGAUGAUAACUUUGCAUCAGUAGUUAAGGUUGUUCGAUGGGGCCGUUCAGUAUAUGCGAAUAUUCAAAAAUUCAUUCAGUUCCAACUCACUGUUAACGUUGCUGCUCUUGUAAUAAAUGUUGUGGCCGCCGUAUCUGCUGGUGAAGUUCCUUUAAAUGCAGUACAGCUUUUGUGGGUCAACCUGAUCAUGGACACUCUUGGAGCCCUUGCACUAGCUACGGAACCACCAACUGACAGCCUUAUGCGCAGAUCACCAGUUGGCCGAAGGGAAUCUCUUAUAACUAAUGUCAUGUGGAGGAACUUGGUCAUACAGGCUGUCUAUCAAGUGACCAUUCUUCUCAUUCUUAAUUUCGGUUGGCAAAGUAUUAAUUUAGGUGAUGAUCAAGAUUCUAAAUCUCACUCCUUACAAGUGAAGAAUACUUUAAUAUUCAACACAUUCGUUCUAUGCCAAAUAUUUAACGAGUUCAAUGCUAGAAAAAUAGAUCAAAUGAAUGUUUUCAAAGGAGUGACUAAGAAUCGUCUCUUCAUGGGAAUUGUUGGAAUGACAUUUGUGCUUCAGAUACUAAUCAUCGAGUUUCUCGGAAAAUUCACCUCAACAGUGCGCCUUGACUGGAAACUUUGGUUAUUUUCUCUUGGUAUUGGGAUAAUCAGCUGGCCUCUUGCUGUAGUUGGAAAACUAAUUCCAGUUCCGAAAACACCAUGGUCACGGACCUUAAAGAAGCAUAUCAGACGACUCAAGAAGUCUCGUACUACUGCUGCUGCGCAACCACAAUAGAUACGAGAGAGAACUGGCUAGUCAUAGUUAGCAUCCACCAACCACUCUCCUUCAAUUCAUAGCUAGUAAGCUUACUAGCUAGCCUGACAUAUGUGACAUAUCCCUCACUAAUUUGUCCCCCUCCCUAUAUAUUACAGAUAUCAGCAGUUUCAUUUAAUUUCCUCCUAGAAUUUAUUCGUAGUUAAUUAU